AGCAGGUAAAAGGAAAUCGCUGUUCGCUGGACUUAAUGAGGAAAGAGAAAGAGGGGAUUCGAAUUUGGAAGCCUCUGCUGGAAUUCUGUUGAAAAUUAAAACUAAGAAUAUUUAUAUUUUUAUUAUUUUUCUGUAUAUGCACGUUCUCACUUAAUAAUCGAUAAAAGCGCGUCCUAAGGAAUAGUAUUUAUGUUUUUUUCUUUCUCCAUGUUUGGCCGGCGAGAAAAUCCAAGGAAUAAUUGUUAUUAGUUUGUUGAUUCUCAUGAGGAAAAUGGACCUUCGUAAUAGUGUUUCCCAUCGUUCCGGGAGAUUAAGAGAUCUUAAGGAUUCAUUUCGUAAUCUUGUGUCUAGGAGCCAUGAAGCAACCACGGGUGGUGUAAAAUCUGAUAGUGCAUUGAAGGACUUCUUUAUUCCAGAUUACAUUCUUGUGGCUGGAUCAGAGCCUGAGGAAUACAAUGAGGAGUCUCAUGUGCCUCCCUGUCCUGUCCUUGUGUUCAUCAACUCAAAAAGUGGAGGCCAGCUCGGAGGGGAGCUUCUUCUUACGUAUCGCUCCCUUCUUAACCAAAAUCAGGUUAUCGAUUUGGGAGAAAAGGCCCCUGAUAAGGUCCUCCAUCAAAUUUAUGCCACCCUGCAAACUCUCAAGAACAAUGGUGAUGAAUUCGCUACUGAAAUUGAGAAGCGACUAAGAAUUAUAGUUGCAGGUGGAGAUGGUACGGCUGGUUGGCUCCUUGGUGUUGUUAGUGAUCUCAAACUACCUCAACCUCCACCGAUUGCUACAGUACCCUUAGGAACCGGAAAUAACCUCCCAUUUGCAUUUGGUUGGGGAAAGAAAAACCCAGGCACAGACUGUAUAUCUGUGGAGACAUUUUUGGAGCAAGUAAGGGCUGCCAAAGAAAUGAAAAUUGACAGCUGGCAUAUUAUCAUGAGAAUGAAAUGCCCAAAGGAAGGUUCUUGUGAUCCAGUUGCCCCUCUUGAACUACCCCAUUCUUUGCAUGCAUUUCAACGUGUCUCUGAAUCAGAUUCAUUAAAUAUGGAGGGUUAUCACACUUUCCGUGGGGGCUUUUGGAAUUAUUUCAGUAUGGGAAUGGAUGCUCAAGUGUCAUAUGCCUUUCACUCUGAGAGGAAGUUGCAACCAGAGAAAUUUAAAAACCAAUUAGUAAACCAGAGUACUUAUUUAAAGCUUGGAUGCACUCAAGGAUGGUUUUGUGCCUCUCUUCUUCAUCCUUCUUCACAGAACAUAGCACAGCUUACAAGGGUUAAAGUCAUGAAAAGCAAAGGUGAAUGGGAGGACCUCAAUAUACCUAGCAGCAUCAGGUCCAUUGUUUGCCUCAACUUGCCCAGCUUUUCAGGUGGACUUAAUCCUUGGGGAAAACCCAACAGAAUGAGAUUGCGCGAUCGUGGCUUCACACCUCCUUAUGUAGAUGAUGGUCUUAUUGAGGUUGUUGGUUUUAGGAAUGCUUGGCAUGGGCUUGUGCUUCUUUCUGCAAAAGGACAUGGUACUCGUCUUGCACAGGCAAGUAGAAUCUGUUUCGAGUUCCGUAAGGGUGCAGCUGACCACACAUUCAUGAGGAUCGAUGGAGAACCUUGGAAACAACCACUUCCAGUGGAUGAUGAUACAGUUGUUGUAGAGAUUUCUAAUCAUUCCCAAGUAACAAUGCUUGCCACUACAUCAUGCCAAUCCAGAAGCAUACAUGAUCCAGCACCACCUAUCGAUGAUCAUGAUGAGGAAGAGGAGAAUACGGAUGAAGAAAAUGAAUCUGAUGAAGAUUGGGAAGAACGCAGGAAGUUUGGAGCGGCAGACUCUUUCAAAUUUCCAGAUGAUGUUGAUAUAUCUCAACUUAGUUGAGCUACAAACAUGUUAUCCUGUAUUUUCCAUCUGUUGAUUAGGCUUAGAUGUUAAUUGCAUUCUUAGCUUAUUGCUUUGGCCAUGGCUGAUGAUAUGUCUACUAUGGCCAGGAGAACUUUAUAUCCAUUUACAAUGUACUGCAGAUUUUGCUCCAGAAUUCAACUAACCUGCAUGUGUGCAUUGACUCUUAUGUGGAAUUGAUGCUUCAAGGACGGCAUGUACAAGGUGAAGGCAAUUUGGAUGCACUCCAAGCACGAUAUUUAUAUAGCAGCCGCUCAGUACUGCAUAAAAUGCCCAGAAUUCAGUGAGCUCUAUUUAAUGGAAUGGAGAUGGUGUGAACUUGAGGUUGUUAUGGCUUUCUCAGUGGAUGCUCGGAGCGUCUUGCGUUGUUGUUAUGGGUAUGCGAGCAAAUUCAUGGGGAGGCUGAUCAUUCUGUAAUUUUCCAAUCAUGUGGAAGCUGAUCGUUCUAUAAAAAAUAAACUAAAAAAAAAAAAAAAAACAAAAGAAAGGAACGAGCUGCAUUGCUAAGAAAUUGUUGGCAAUUAUUUAUUUAUUUAUUUAUUUUUUUGAAAUGGUGUUGGCAAUUAUUUAUAUUGUGCUCUAAAUUUUCAACUCAUAAUUGAUGGAAUCACACAAACAAAAAUUGAAACCUAAUAAAGUGGAAUAAGUAUUUUUCUUGUUUGAAUUAGAGAAAAUAUAUAUAAAUAAGAGAAGGAAAAGCUUUAUUUUUUCUGAUUACGUUCUAUCUAUUCUAAAGAAGGAUAAGCAAACAAAUAAAGGAAAACUUAUCCAAAGAAAAGAAAAGCUUCAAGACUGUAAGAAACUUUAGGAUAAGAUCAAACACCAAAUUACCAAACCCUACCCCACCAGAUAUCAGUAUGAUUAUAUCUCUUUGUUUAUUUGGAGUUCGCUUUCACUCUGUCUCACAGUUGUCUGUCCCCAUUCAAUGAUUCUCGGAGCUUGUUUUAGAAAUACCACUGCUAUAAACAAUUGGCUUUCCCUAAACUAUUGGUGAAACCGUCGCUGGUUUAUCUCACCAAUCAAUCCCACUCCCAAUCUUUACCUAUUUUAUUAAUUUAUUUCACCAAUUUUCCACAUAUAUAUAAGAACUCCUCCCCUCCACAACAAAAUCACAAUUGCAAGAUACAAGUCUUUCUUCCUAGCUACUAAAAUCCUCACAUCAAACCAGUUUCAGUUCUCUGUUCCACUCCAUAGUUUACAAAUUCAAAAUGAGUUCUACAAGCAGAGCUUGGAUGGUAGCUGCAAGUAUAGGAGUAGUGGAAGCACUGAAAGAUCAAGGCUUGUGCAGAUGGAACUAUGCACUGAGGUCACUUCAACAACAUGCCAAGAACAAUAUCAGAUCAUAUUCUCAGCAGCCGAAAAAAUUGCUUCCUGCUCUUCCAAAGAAGCUCAGAGAUGACAAGUUGAAACAGUCUGAGGAGUCUCUCAGAACAGUUAUGUAUUUGAGCUGUUGGGGUCCUAAUUGAACCCUCACGCUUGUUUGUGCAGUGCCAAUUUUGCAUUGAAUGUACAUAUAGCUUCCUUUCAGUUUUUAUAAUAAUGUUCCUUCAGCUCUUCUA